CAUCUUUCAAUUCCUUCUCCUCCUCCUACCACCUUCCUUUCUCUCUUAUUUCAUUUUCAUAUAUAAUUUAUGCUAAAAUUUCCAUUUCGUCUCUCUCUAUCUCUAACAAACCUUCUCUUUUCAUAACUGCAACUGAAAGAAAUAUAUAUUGGUUCCAUAUUCACACUUUUUUCUUUCAAUUCUCUGUAAAACUAGCUAAUUUCGCAUCUGGGUUUUUGUUGUUGAAGCUUUUGAUCUUACUAUCGGAAAAAUGUAUGAAGAGACGGAUUGUUUUGAUCCAAACUCCAUAGUGGAAGGACCUGAUGGUGAGCUUUGUCAAGUCUUGCAACCACCACCACCACCACCGCCACUUAUGGCGGGUAGUAGUACUACAAACAGCCAUAAUAGCCUUGAAGAAAAUCUUAAGCUAUCUGCGGAUGAAAUUUGUCACCAUAGCUUGAAUAAUCCACAUCUAGAAGAGGAUGCUUCUGCUGCUACUGCUGCUGUUAUGGAAAUCCAACUUCAAAACCAACAAAUGGGUUUGAAUACCCAUUUAAUUCAUGAACCAUCGAAUCAUUUGGCUUUUACAUCAUCAUCUUCUCUACCAGAUUCAUCAUAUACUCCACCACCAGACCUGCUUAACCUUUUUCACUUACCCAGAUCGUCCUUGCUUCCAAAUUCUUCAAUUUCUUUCACAAACCCUAACCAUACAACUCCAUUAGGCUUUGUUGGAGAUCUUCCAAUGACAGACACAGCUUCUGCUUCUUCUAUUCUCUAUGACCCACUUUUUCACCUUAAUCUUCCUCCACAACCUCCUUUAUUUAGGGAUUUGUUUCAAUCUUUGCCUCAACACGGCUAUUCCUUGCCUGGGUCAAGAGGCAGUUCUUUGUUUGGUGGUGUAGGGGAUGAUCAUGUAGAGGGAAGUGGAGGAGUGAAUCUUUAUCAAGAAGGAGAUGGAGAGCAGCAGUUUGAUAAUGGGGUUUUGGAUUUUACAUGGGAUAUGGCUUGUAUGGGUAAAGGUAGACAAGGUGGAAAUAUCAAACACUUUGCUACUGAGCGUCAAAGGAGACAAAACCUCAAAGAUAAAUAUGAUGACUUGAAAAAUUUGGUCCCUAACUCUUCUAAGAGUGAUAGAGCCUCUGUGGUUGGAGAUGCAAUUAGUUACAUCAAAGAACUUCUUAGAACUGUAAAUGAACUGAAAAUUCUGGUGGAGAAAAAGAGAUUGGCCAGAGAGAGGAGAAAGAGACAAAAGAUUGAAGAAGAUUCCAUUGGCAAUGGUCCUGAGAGCAAGAUUAUUGACGAUCCAGAUCAGUCUUUCAAUAAUGGGGCAUUAAGGAGCUCUUGGCUUCAAAGAAAAUCCAAAGACACAGAGGUAGAUGUUAGAAUAAUAGAUGAUGAAGUUACUAUUAAACUUGUUCAAAGAAAGAAGAUCAAUUGCUUGCUGUUUGUAUCCAAAGUUCUUGAUGAACUUCAACUGGAUCUUCAUCAUGUUGCUGGUGGACAUGUUGGUGAUUACUACAGCUUCUUGUUUAACUCCAAGAUAUAUGAAGGAUCUUCAGUUUAUGCUAGUGCAAUAGUGCAUAAUUUUGGUUUUAACGCAUUUUUUGAUGUUCAAUUAGGUGGUACUGUAAACAGCCAUAAUAGCGUUGAAGAAAAUCUUAAGCUUUCCACAGAUGGAAUCUCUUAUCACCAUAGCAUGAAUAAUCCAAAUCAAGAAGAGGAUGUUUCUGCUGUUGCUACUGCUGUCAUGAAAAUCCCACUUCAAAUUCAACAAAAGGAUUUGACUACCCAUUUAACUCAAGAAUCAUUAAAUCAAGUUUUGGCUGUUAGAUCAGAUAAAUCAUCACCAGACCUUUUUCAGUUAAUGAACCAUGUGUAG